AUAUCGACUUUUUUUUUGUAGAUGGCAGAGGGAGACAAAAAAAAGCCUGCCAAGAAGAAGCACGGGAGCCGGAACCCGGCUCUUGCCCGGAAUAUCGGGCGCUACUCCCGAUCUGCCAUGUUUGCCCGCAGGGCCAUGUACAAGAGGAAGACCAAGACCACUGAGACCAAGGUGGAGAAAAAAAUCAAAGUUAGACCCCAGGCCACAGUUGUAAAGACUGUCGGAGGAGACAAGAAUGGAGGCACUCGUGUCGUCAAGCUGCGCAAGAUGCCCCGUUACUACCCCACGGAGGAUGUUCCCCGCAAACUGAAGAGCCAUGGGAACAAGCCCUUCAGCCAGCACAGGAGGAAGCUGCGCAAGUCCAUCACACCCGGAACGGUCCUCAUUCUGCUCACUGGUCGCCACCGUGGAAAGCGCGUGGUGUUCCUGAAGCAGCUCGCAACUGGUCUCCUGCUUGUCACUGGUCCUCUUGCCGUGAACAGGGUUCCUUUGCGCAGAGCCCACCAGAAGUUUGUCAUUGCUACCAACACCAAAAUCGACAUCUCUGGUGUUAAGAUCCCCAAAACCCUGAAGGACACCUACUUCAAGAAGAAGAAGCUGAGGAGGCCCCGUCAUCAGGAGGGAGAGAUCUUUGAUACAGAAAAAGAGAAGUACCAGCUGACAGCGCAGAGGAAAGCCGAUCAGAAGAAAGUCGAUGCCCAGCUCCUGCCCCUCAUCAAACAAAUCCCCCAGAUGAAGGGCUACCUGCGCUCCUCUUUCUGCCUGUCUAAUGGUGUCUACCCACACAAGCUGGUUUUCUAAAAUGUGUUGUAAUAAAGAAUACCACCGUC